AUGGCUCACUUAAAUGAAGACGAAUUACUGCGCACGCCGGUCGACGAUGAAGAAAUGUUCGACGAGAAUAUCGAACAACUGCGCCAAGAGGUGGAAGAGCUGGGGCAACGUAAGGCAAAUGCCCCCAUGGAUCAUGAUAACAGCGCCGAAGCAGCUCAGGAGACACUCCUCAAGGAUCUGGACGCCAUCGCACCAGCAGUGUUACGAGACUAUGCGGAGAGGAGACUUCGAGCAAUGUCACGAAAUGCGACAAUCAUCGGCCACAGAAAAAAUGCGCUGACGGUAUUCGAGACUUUGCCAAGAGAGAUACGUGAAGGUACGUACGAUGGGGUGAUCGAGGCAAUGAAAGCUAGAAUGCGCAUAGAUGGGAAUAGUCAACGCGUUAAAGCCCUAGCUAAUCUGCGCUUACUAGCGUUGAAACCUGGUCAGCCGCUUAGCGAAUUCUGCUUUGCCUUAGAGGGCCUAGCGAAUAGGGCAUACCCAGACAUGCCACCUGAAGCAACCUCGUUGCAGAAGGCCGAGAUUCUAUGUAGGCAGCUAGCUAACUGGGAGGGAAGUUACUGCCUUACUGAGGCAUUGGAGACCAGUAAGUGUGAAGAGGCUUAUGAAAAAGUAAAGGAGGCAGCCCUAAGGUUAGAGAGAAGCCUAAAAACAGCCGAAGAGUGCAGACGGUUAGAUCAAAGAAGAAGUGAAAUUAGGCACGGGCAACUUACCUUUAGACGAGGCGAACCGAUCGACGACAGAAGCCCAAAAAGUAGCCCGAGAAGCGACCCGGAAAAAGCAUCUAAACCUACGAUAGGACACAGACCGCAAACCGCGCCCAAUUUUCAAAAGAAAAAACGGGAGAAUGGUUCACCAAGGUGCUAUAACUGCGGUAACAUGGGGCAUCUAGCCAAAGAUUGUCGUGAUAGACUUGGCAGGCAACAAAGUACCCCAUCAACAGUGAGUGCUCAGCAGAGGCCUAAUGCAGCCUACGCCUCCCUAGUAGAAAAGUGGGUGUGCACAUCGUUUCGGGUACCUGAGUCGGAAACAAGUGAGCUGUUUGGGGACAAGACGCUAGCAGGUAUAAUGCUAUGUGGUAUCGAAGCAACCGCACUAUUAGAUACCGGUUCACAAACGACCAUUAUUCCG